CGCGGGAUUACGUGACUGUCAAGGUGAGACAACAGUCGUGAGCAAAUAUCUUUUGUCUCAAAAGUAAACUACAGUCCGUCCAGCAAUAUGGCGGUAUUUAGAGCGCUUCUGUGCUUUGUAAUGAUUUCAAGUUGCUUGGCUGCAAACUUUGUCAUUUUUCCUAUGUUCGGAAGAAGCCAUUACAUGUUUGUGGCUCGGCUUGGGCAAGAACUGGCCGAGAGAGGUCAUCAGGUGAAGAUAUUUGUGGGAGCAACCCAGAGUUACGCCGCAAAUGAUUCAAACGUCCGAGUUUUCAAAGAUGACAAGUUCGCAGCAAUGUACAGAGAAAUGCAGGCAUCAGGAGGACAUUCCACGAAAACUAUGGAUAUAAAAGACCAAUUAAGAAUGCUGCUAAAGAUCCAGUCAGUUUACUGUGAUGAAAUGCUUAACGACGCAGAGUUAAUUAGAGAAAUUAGCCAUGCUGAUGCUGUCAUUGGCGAAUUAAUAUAUCUCUGCUCGUCUUUAGUUGCCGAUAAGUUGUCUCUUCCACAUGUAAUCAUAUCUGCUUCCACUCUCUCUACACCCACGGCGGUUGCGCUUGGAUUACCCUCCCCUCUCUCCUAUGUGCCGCAGGUAGAUGCUCCUCUAACAAAUGAGCUGAAAUUUGUGGACAGAAUGAAGAAUGUGUUGCAGUGGAUGUUAAUGUAUUAUUUCUACAUCUACGAUUUCUGUCCGUUGUUCAACGAGGUUAAAACAAGGCACAACAUCACACCCGACAAGCCCAUACAAGAAACUCUUGGCAGAGUUGAUAUGAUAAUUGGUCAGAUGGAUUUCACAUUGGAGUAUCCACGACCUCUCCUUCCAAACACUCGAGUGGUGGGUCCAUUCCUACCCAGUCCUGCUAAGCCUCUGCCAAGCGACUUGGAUCAGUUCAUGAAGGAGACUGGAGAGGAUGGAGUGAUCUUGGUGUCGUUUGGUACUGUAGUAGAAGGAAUGAAGGACGCUUCAUUGCAAAUGAUGGCCAAAGCCUUCUCCAAACUGCCACAGACGAUCAUAUGGAAACUCAAGCUGGAAGGCACAUCCAAAGUUUCAAUGAGUGACAAUGUAAAGCUGUUGUCAUGGUUACCACAGAACGACAUUCUUGGUCAUCCUAAGACGCGUCUAUUUAUAGGUCACGCAGGGCUCAACGGAAUGCUGGAAUCCACAUACCAUGGUGUCCCUAUGAUUUGCUCGCCUUUCUUUGGAGACCAGUUUGAUAACGCACGGAUUGCAAAGCACGCUGGGUUUGGUGAGGUGGUGGACUUAGACACUAUGUCAGCGGAAGAUUUUGUUAGCUUGAUUCACAAGGUGUUAACUCAACCCAGUUAUCGUGUAUCAGCUGAACGAAUAUCAAAAUCCAUCAAGCGAUUGCCGCGUCCGCCCAUCAAAGAAGCCGCUGACUGGGUGGAGUACACGCAGGCUCAAGGUGGUUUGCAGUACCUCAGACCACGGGGCCUGGAUCUACCGUUCUAUCAGCUCUAUCUGCUUGAUAUUUUGUUUUUUGCAUUCUUAGUCUUAGUUGUUGCUUUAUUUGUUAGCGGAUUCUUGUUGAAAUCUGUAAUAAGUUGUUUGUUGAGACCCUCGCCAAAGGAAAAGGCAAACUGAAAGCCACCCCAUUUUUUUACUGAUAUUAUAAUCUUCAGAACGCACGUUACAUAACAUCACGGUUACAAACAUAACAGGAAAAUAAGCUAUCAAGAUCCUCUGAUUUAUUUCAGGUUCAAAACAUCUCAACAAAUAAGAAUUUGUCAGGUCAAAUUUUAGCCUCAACCUAGUCCCAGUAUGACGGGAGUAGAAAUUAAAAAUACAAAAAGGUUUAGACAACAGA